AUGGAGACUCUGCCUUGUCAUGAUUUCGAUUUCACAGAUGGAGUCAACAGCCAAGACGGUAGCCAGCCGGAAGCCUGGGGCCGACUCUUUCCUUUGGGCUCCAGUUUUGUUGCCAUGGAUUUAACUGCUGAUGAGUAUACUUUUGGCCGAGGGGAGAACUGUGAUGUUGCUUUCAGCAGUCAGGCUGCUAAGACACACCAGUGUUUUCAGGCGUACAGCAAAGUGCACUUCAAAUUGAUUCGGAACAAGACAACUACAGGAACUCAUACAUUCUUGGAAGACUUGAGUAGCAAUGGAACAUUUGUUAAUGGAGACAAAGUUGGUAAAGGUAAAAGACAUGUGCUCAACAACAACGAUGAAAUCUCUCUGGCGGUCAAGCAGAAUAAAGCCUAUGUGUUCAUGGACCUCAACGCAAGUGAAGACAGUCAUCUACCAAAAGAGCUGGUGGAAAAGUACACCUUAACUAGGGUGUUGGGGAGGGGUGCCUGCGGUGAGGUCAGGCUAGCUUUUGCUAAAGGUUCUUGUGAAAAAUUUGCCUGUAAGAUCAUCUCAAAAAAGAAAUUCUCUGUGGGAGGCAAGACACCUGUUAAUCUCACCUCUCAAGUGAUGGGAGAAGUCAACAUUCUAAAAGCUUUGAAACAUCCAUGUAUCAUCAGGAUCGAAGAUGUCGUUGACACGCCAGAGAUGUUGUACAUAGUUCUGGAACUUGUUGAGGGCGGAGAGCUGUUUGACAAGGUUGUUGCAAUAGACAAAUACGAUGAGGCAACAGGCAAGCUCCUCUUCUUCCAGAUGGCCACUGCAAUCAAGUAUCUACAUGACCAGGGCAUCACCCACAGGGACUUGAAGCCAGAGAACAUUCUUCUAGCCACUGAUGACCUUGAAACAUUGAUCAAGGUCACCGACUUUGGCCUGUCCAAGUUUGUUGACGCAGGCUCCAUGAUGAAGACAUUUUGUGGCACACCGACUUACCUGGCACCCGAGAUCUUGCUGACGGCUGGCAGUGGCACGUAUACUAAAGCUAUCGACUGUUGGAGCUUAGGGGUAAUCUUGUUUAUCAUGCUGUCAGGUUACCCGCCAUUCUCUGAUGAACGCAAAGAUAUGGACCUGCCCAAGCAGAUCAUGGGAGGCCACUUCUCCUUCCCCAAACAGUACUGGUCGGAGGUGUCAGACACAGCGGUGGAUCUGAUCAAACAGAUGAUGAUAGUUGACCCCAAGAAACGGAUCACAUUUGCUGAUGUUCUCAAUCAUCCAUGGCUGAAGGAUGAUGGGAUGAGAACUAAAGCCAUGGCCUUGAUGUAUCCAGACACUGAUGGCAUGGCUCCUCCAAAGCUGCCUGUGGCCAAGAGGAAAGCAACAGAAGGGGAUGAAGAACCCACUCGGAAGAGGAAAAGCUCUAAGGAUGAUUGA